UCAAAAAGCAAAUCUAAGAGAAAGUUGUAUACAACUCUGAAACCCUUCAGCAUGAUGAAGACAAAAUCAGAAUCCAAUCUUGCCCAGCGAUUUGACUUUGUGGCUGUGGAUAUUCCUCUGGAUGGUGAGCCAGAGCAGGAGAAGGAUAAGGAAAAUGAAACACAGACAACAGAGGAUAAGAAAGAUGAGCCAGUUAAGCAGGAUGAAGCACCUCCUCAUUCCGGUCAAAGAGGAAGGCGGCCAAGUGUUUUUGAAGAGGGUCUAAAAGAAUUUUAUGAUUCAACCACCACUGGAGAGAAGGUUGAAGCUAAGGAAUCAAAGGCUCCAGAGAUCACUCUGGAGGAUCUUGAUGCUGUUUCAGGACAGACAACAGAGUAAGUACAAAUUAAUCUUUUAAAACUCAAGAUCUGAUUGUUAAUUCUCUCCUCCAGCUGCUACACAUUUCCCUUUAAAUUAGUUACAAGAAUUUGGUUAUAGAUCAAGAUACCAACUUCCACCUGAUAGGUUUGAGUAUUCUCAUUACCUGUUUGCUAGACAACAUCUUACAAGGAGAAGUUACAUGUUAAUCACUUUUGUUAGCUAAAGUGUUGUAAAGAAAUGUUGUAUAAAGUUUCUGAAGUCGAGGUUUGCUGCCGAAAAGAAGACGAUCCUGAGUGUCAGCUAUUGGGGUUUGAAGAAAUUGGCAUUGGCUGGCUAUUACAGUUUUUUAUGAAACCCUGAAAAAUACAAAAAUAGUAUUAUCUGUAAUGUUGUGUCCUAGGAAACUGACAUCUUUAGCAGGGGACAGAAUGAAGAUUAGACCUAAGCGUCACCACAGAUCAACAGCAAAUCCAGUGAAAAACCUACAGCAGAGAAAUGAUGUGCGAACAGAGACUGAGGUAAAGUACUGGCACAUGUAUCUGGCCUUGCUCACUUUUGAAUUCUCUGUGGUUCAGUGGUAG